AUGUCUGCUCUUGAGAGCUUCCUCGCCGAAUUCACCCUCGUCCUGCAAGACGCCACUGCGAAACUCCAAGGCCCCCUCAGCGAUGAACGCAUCUCAACCAUCACUCCCUCCGAGACACUCCCCGAGAACAACAAGAAGCUAUGGGAUCUCCUCGCCCAAACCGUCAACAUGGCCGACCAAAUCGUCCACCUCCUCCAACCACCAGCCAUCCGCCUCGCAGAAACAUACCUAGCCUACCUCGACACCAAAGCCCUCGUCUCCGCCGUAACCCACAACAUCCCCGACCUCCUCACCAACCAAACCCCCCUCCCAACCGCCCUCCUCGCCCAAAAAGCCAACCUCCAACCCCUCCGCCUCAAGCAAAUCAUGCGCACCCUCCACCACAACGCAAACAUCUUCGCCUACGACCCCCUCACAGACACAUACUCCCACAACGAAGCCUCCCUCCUCCUGCAGAAGCACCACUGGACCCAAUGGCACCGCUGGGUCACCCUCUACGGCGAGGAAUUCUACGACGCCGCCCGCGCCCUCCCGCAGGCCAUCACGGCAGAUGAAUCCCGCAGCGCCGCCCAGAUCGCAUAUGGCACCGACAAGCCCAUCUUCACGUACUUUGCCGAACAAGAAGGGCUCCAGGAGAAAUUCCACAAGGCCCUCGGCGCAGGAGCCGUCGCUCAGGCUCCCGGCAUGCUGGCAGACUACAACUGGGCAGAGCUCGGCGAUGCCGUCGUAUGUGACAUUGGUGCCGGCGGAGGAGACUUCAUCGCUGCCCUCCUGCGCAAGUAUCCUCGCUUGAAAGGCGCCGUCUUCGAGAUCCAGCCCGUAGUCGACAUGCUCAAGCCAAAGUUUGACAGCACCACCCCGGACGGCAUCUUCAACGACAUCGCGGACCGCAUGACACAGCUCCACGCAGGCGACUUCCUCACCAGCAUACCUACGUACGAAGUCUACACCAUCAAGUGGUGCCUCCACAACUGGACAGACGCCGACGUCCUCAAGAUCCUUGCCAACGUCCGUCGCGCCAUCAAACUCACCCCGCGCGCGCGAUUGGUCGUCAUCGAGUCUGUGCUCAAGGAAGGCCGCAGCUCGCGCGUCUGGAGGUAUGGCGAUCUGACCAUGAUGUCCACCGUCAACGGGCUGGAGCGGACCGAGGCGGAAUGGAGGAAGCUUGCGGGACAGGCAGGCUGGGUCGUCAAGGACAUCGUGCCUCUGCGGCAUGCUUGGGCUGCGGCUAUCGACUUGAGGCCCUUCUUUACCGUAUCCAUGUAG